UAGUUGUACAAUUUAUCAAAACUACGGAGGUGAAUAUUCUGAAUUUCUGAUGAUGCAUUGGCAGCCCAUAAACACAAUCCAAAUUUGUAAAGUUGAGAUCUUGAAUCCUUGAUCAGAACUUUCUUUUCUGAACACCUAUUUUCUCACUCCUCCCAAUUCGUCAUCUUCAAUCACGUUGUUCAUCAGAUUCAUUACAAAAUCAAUUUCUGCUGCAAUUCCUCAAAACCCCUCAUUUCACAUUCGCUACAUUCACCAUUUUUCUCUCUUAUUUUCUGUCAAUUCAUAGUUUCAAUCACAAUUUUUUAAUUCGAAUCUGUCCGCAUUAUCCCAAACCCAGAAUAUAUUCAGAAAAAUAAAUAAAUCUUUACAAAAAAAAUGCCGCCACCCGAAAUUUCUCGGAGAUUUUCCCUAUUUGGGAUCGGAGAAUCGAGUAACAAACAAAGCUCAAUUGGUAGAAAUAGGGAAGAAUUGAUCCCAAUUUUGAAGCUUGAAACCGACAAGAAUGUGUAUAGACCUGGAGAUGAGGUUUUGGUUACAAUCGAGCUUCAAAACCCUAGUGAUCCAAGCAAUGCCCAUGAGAUUACUAGCAGUUUUGAGCGUUCCCUUUUGUUAGAAAGGCUUAGUUUUGAGCUUAAAGGGGUCGAGAAACUUGAUACUCAAUGGUUUACUCCUCAAAAGUCGACACCGGGUUUGAAACAGAGAAAGGGUGAGCAUGUGUUCUUGGAUUAUUCUACAACGUCAUUAGUUUCAAACCAGAUCAUUUCUUCUGGGGCUACUAAAAAGUAUGUGGUUCGGACGGUUUUGCCUAGCAUCAUACCACCAUCGUACAGAGGGACAACAAUUCGAUACUUGUACUAUGUUAGAAGCACUUUUGCUGGACAAUGGUUGAUACUGGAAAAUGGCCACUCAGAGAGGGAUCUGGCGCAAACUAUCACUGGACUGGAAGCCCGUGUCCCCUUGCAACUUUGGGUUACUGAACAGGCGAGCGGAUUACUAGUUGAAGAAGGUCAAUUUGAUGGGAUUGUUCCGAUCCAGACCAUUCAAACAGAUAUAUACUGGAAAGAACUGGAUGGGGACUCAGAGUGGGUUAGGGCUAAUGAUAUGUAUGAUGGAGCUGAGGAAGGCUAUGAUAGUUCGAGAGACGAAGUUUUAUCUGUUUCUUCCUAUAAUCCUUCAAGAGACAGUCUUCAUAAGUCAUUUGGCAGUUCAUUAUCUCUACAAGGAUCGACUUCAAGGUCCUUUAGAGAACCCUUGCAUGCAGAAGCUGAUGAAGUUCUACAUAAUUCAAAUGGGGAUGUUUUAUCAUCCAAGAGUCCUCCUGUUAUAUCACCAAGACUGCAAAGAGGAUAUUCAAAAAUAUACUCUAAAGAUGAAGAUGAAAAGGGAGCGUCUUCUCCCGUCCGACCUACAGAAUCUGCUGCAUCAGAAGGCUGUAUUCGAGGCAGGUCUUAUAACAUCAAACUUGAUGAUCAAGUUCUGCUCAGAUUCUCACCCAAAAAGUCAGAUUCAAAUUAUUAUUUCAGUGAUAUGAUAGGUGGGACCCUUACAUUUUUCCAUGAAGAGAGAACAAGGAGGUGCCUCGAGGUAUCGAUCACCUUGGAGAUGUCGGAGACUAUAAAUCGACGUUCUGUCCAUCCAUCUCGAAGGAACUCCCCUACACUUACAAAGGUUCACAGUGAUCAUCAUGAGGUUGUUGCUGACUUGGUGCAGACUAGCUUCCUCUUUUCCAUUCCCAUGGACGGACCAAUGUCUUUUUCAACACCUCACGUGUCUGUUCAAUGGGCUUUGCGGUUUGAAUUCUUUACCACUCCAAGGAAUAUUGAUUGGAGUAGGUAUGAUCACCCUCUUCUAGUUGAAGGAAGAGACAAAUGCGAGUGGUGUCUUCCAAUUACUGUACAUGCACCUCCACCAGGAGCUGCAGCCGCUCACGCAAGAAGUAGAAAGAACCUCUCUAGUGAGCCUUUUUGGGUUCGUGAUUGAAGAUUUAUUUUCAGUCAAUCGAACAACCAGAUGGGGAAUUGUCGGCAUGGCUCAACAUGAGCUAAGUAAUUCUGCUGACGGUUCAAGUACACGUGAUGUGCAUAGCAAUGCAUAUAGAAGAGUAAGAGGCGAAGCUAAGAUGAAUACAGCAUUGAGUUUCCUUAUGCAAAAGUAGACGACUAUCACUGCAGGAAGUGUUAUUGAAAUUUUACUCAUUAUUUUUACCGGCUUGUAUUUAUACAGGAGAUAUUGAUCUUACCAUUAUACAUCUCUAAAAUGAGAAAUAAAUUGAUGUAAUCGGUUUGUUUAGGGUUGAUAAUAGCUUGGUGUUUUGAUCAUUCUUGUGGAUUGAAAACUGGUUUAUUUGAGUUAAUUUUGUACGGAGUAUCUUUUUUCUCGA